GGUAUGAAAAGGCAGAGGGGGAAGAUGGCUUAGUGAAGAUGCAUCCCAGUCAGGGACGGAGUUUGAAUCCUGCUUCCAACUGCUUUCUUCAGCUUCCCUUAUCUCUGAAACUAUGUAACACAAGAGAUACAAGAAAGACUUGUGUGUACUAAUGUAAUUUCCUCAUUCAUAAGGAGGAAACAAAUCAACUCAAAUUUGUGAAGGAUCCCUGGAUUACCCAGAAAUACUUUUCAGAAAUAUGACACAAUCAAAUGACAUCCAAAUGGAUAUUCCUCAUCCCAGGACAAAUUUGCCGACUGGGCAUCCUCCAGCAUCACCAGAUUUGACUAUGAGCCCAAUGAUAGAAGCGUCUCCAAGAAAUACUGACUGCUCCAGUUCCCAGAAUGCCGGUGAAGUUCCCCAGCCUGAGGACUCUGGGCCCCAGUCUACACAUUUAGGUUCCCAGACUGGCUGCACUGGUCUCAGUGAUGCUUAUCAAGGUCCCCCUGCUGGUAACCUUGACCCCCAGGGUGCUUACCAGAGUUCCCAAGCUGGCUCCACAGCCCCAGAAGCUAGCUCUCCAGAUGCUAUCCCAGCCAGUUUUCCUGUCCAAACACAGCCAAAGUGUAAUUGUCCAAAUCUACUUAGAGAAAUACCAUGGAUGCCAGCACCACUAUCUCCACCGAAUGGCCCACCCGGACUGGAAUAUUUGAGUCAGGCAGAUUUGAUUCUGAUUCACCAGCAAAUUAAAAUUCUGGAAAUCUUAACAGGCUAUGAAUGUAAUAACAAAUAUGAAAUUAAGAACAAUCUUGGACAGAGAGUUUACUUUGCAGCAGAGGAUACUUCUUGGGCAUGGCGAAUUUGCUGUGGAAGAAACAGGCUUUUUACCUUGAAAAUUCAUGAUAAUUUGGGCCGAGAAGUCCUAACUGUGGACAGAUCACUGAGAUGUACCAGUUGUUGUUUCCCAAGUUGCCUUCAGCAGAUAGAAAUCCAAGCUCCUCCUGGUGUUCCAAUAGGUUAUGUGAGUCAGGAGUGCCACUUCUGUGAUAAAAACAUUAUUGUUCAAAAUGAGAAGAGAGAAGAUGUACUAAAAAUUAUUGGCUUUUGUGUUAGUUGGAGAUUUUGUACAGAUUUUGAUUUUGAGGUUACAUCAUUUGAUGAAAAAUCUGUAGUUGGCAAGAUUUCCAAGCACUGGUCUGGCUAUAUUCAAGAACUCUUCACAAAAUCUGAUAACUUUAGUAUCAAGUUUCAUGUUGACCUUGACGUGAAAACGAAGGCACUGGUGCUCUGUGCGUGUCUCUUCAUUGACUUCAUAUAUUUUGAAAAUAACCGUAUACCUUUCCUUAGGUGGCUGUAAACUACAGCUGAUCCACAGUGUCUUCUUUACUUCAACUCUGCAAAGAAGAUUUAUGCAGAAACCCGCACAGUAUCAUCAGAGCCCAUUUGAAUUCCAGUACAAGGCAAACACCUAGUUCAGAAUUCACAUUGAUGAAAACUAUCCGACAUAGAAAAUCAACUUUUAAAUGAAGAUUAAUCCCAGUAACUGAAGCAUGUGGUUUAAUUUGUAAUUUCAGUGGGAGUGGUGGUUUAUGACAUGGUUUGAGAGUGUCCCCUGACUAAGGGGGAAGGGUGGAAAGGAAGCAUUAUGAUGGUACUGGAAUUACAUUCUGAUUUUUGAGAAGAGAA